AGAAUGAAACAAACGGUCGAGAGCUGGUAUUGACAUCACCAAAGAAAUCGACUGCCGUUGAAAAUGGACGGAAAAUUAAAAAAACUCACUUUGUCCGACAAAGAUAUUAAAGUGGUGAAAAAACCAAGCGAUCUCGAUGAAUAUGACAAUGACCCUGGUGUUUUAAGAGUUGAGCUGUCCUGCGGUCAUGUCGCAGAUCCGAUGACACUCACAGAUUGCUGCAAAGCUCAGUUGUUAAAAGGAGAAACUGUAUUUAAGUGUCCAGUGUGUGACAAAGACUGGCCAUAUGAUGAAGUCCGAAAAUCAGCUAAACUUACAAUUAAUGAGCGAAUAGGUUUUGAGGAUUUGCUUGGAAUAAACGCUGCUAAGAAGUUAGACAUAAAGGAUUGUCCUGGUUGUGGCACUUUUAUAGAAAGGGUGCACACCUCAAAUCUCAGUGUAAAAUGCUUGAUUUGCACUAAAAGGACCGGAAAAAUCUAUCAUUUCUGCUGGCAGUGUCUGAGAGAGUGGAAAGGGCCUCAACCUUCUGCUGAUCAGUGUGAAAAUGUGGGUUGUGCCAGCAAGGACCAGGAACUACUUAAAGACUGUUCAGUGGUUACUUUAAAAUAUAUUCAAAAUGCCCAGUGUCCAGCGAUUCGUGCCUGUCCAUUCUGUGGCGUGCUGAUUGCACACUCAAACGUGGGAUGUAAAAUCAUGACAUGCCAGAAAUGCCACAAAGAAUUUUGCUUUCUCUGUCUUAAACCUGCUCAAGAGUGCCUAAAAACAUCUACUCCUUACGUGUUAUGCACAGCUGAAGUCGCACCAAAGCAAAUAGAAGAUGUACGACUGUGAGCAGAAAUGACAAGUAAUGUAGAAUACAUAUCACACAUUGGAUAAACAGUAUAUACCUAAAAUCCUGUUGUGUUUGUGUCUACCUGAUUUGAACAAUUUUUUUUCUAUUUGAGGAAUAGUGUACCUAUCAACGUAAUGGAACGUAAUCAUGGAUAUAUGCCAACAGCUCAAUUG